AUGAGUAGUUUAAAUAAGAAUAGAAAGGAUAUUGAAUUAAAAUAUAUUUGUUGGUAAUCAGUGAAUAUCAAUUUAAAAUUUAUGUUUUUACAAAUAUAAUUCUUCUUUUUGAGUGUUUAUAGUGCAACUUAAAUUUACCAAAAAACAUUAGAAACUGCAUAUAUGUAGUUUAGUUACAAAUUAGACUCAUCAAAGUAGCACUUGAUAGAAGUAAUUAAAUAAGAGUAAAUUGUGUUAGUUGAUUAUAUAUUAAUUCCCAGAUGAUCAAUAAUGUCUUCCUUAUUUAGAAGUUAAUUCAACAUUAAAUGGAGUUACUUAAACCCUUAAUGAUGAAUAAGGAUAUGCUACAAAAUCAAAAGUCUAAUAAAUAUAUGUUUAGUGUGAUGAGAUUCAAAUAGGAGUUUCUAAUAGAAAGUUAACUUUCAUACCAGAAUCUAAUUUGAGCAAAGUAAUAUAAUUUUCAAUCACAAUUUUUGAUUCAGUAUUAAAUUCUCAAAAUAUAUUAAAAGCCUCCUGAAAAGUUGGUAUGCUUUUUUCCAACAUAUGGAUAGGAUUGUUAAUAAGAUAUGGAAGAAAUUGAAACAGAAACUUCAACUACAUUGAUAGUGCCUAGACAUUCUUGGAACUAUGUUUAUUAUACAUUAGAUAACUAUGAUUAUAAAGUAUAAUAAAAUAAAUUAAUAUAGAUUGAAGCUGAAAGUGAUGGAGUAUCAUUUGUAGUAGCUUUAUUACCAAUAGAUAAGGCAAGUAAAACAAUUUUACCAUCAUUUUAAUCUCAUUUAUUUUUAUUGAAUUAGAAUGGUGAUAGUGAAUAAAUUAAAUUGAAAAGAUAAUCAGAAAUUUAAUCUUAUAUUUUUGCAGUUGGAGUAUAUAAUCUUGAUGAUGAGGCAUCAAUUACAUUAACAAUACAUUAAUAAUCUGAAGAUGAAGAAGGUUCAUUUCCUUUAUGGGCUAUACUUACAAUUAUUGGUGUGUUUAUAUUAGGAAUAUUAAUUUCAAUAUUUAUAAUAUGUCAAAUUAGAAAAUAAGCUAAAGUAUAUGAAGAAUAACCUAAAAUUCCAUUAGAAGUUUUAGAUAAAUAUAUGCCUAUAAAAUAAGUACCAAAAUAUUAACUUACUGAAACAUGUUGUAUAUGUUUAGUCUAAUUUUUAAGAAGAGAUUAAACAAGAGAGACUCCUUGCAAACAUUUCUUUCAUACAAAUUGUUUAAGAGAUUGGACAAAAAAGAAUACAACAUGUCCUGUAUGUCGUUAAGAAUUAGGAGAGAUAGAUAUAUAGAAAUAUUUAUGUUUGAGUUAAUUGACUCAUAAAAAUGAAAUAGAUAAUUCUAAUUCUCAUUAAGGUGAUUUACCUAAGAUACCUCUUACACAACUAAGAAUUAGUGAUCAUGAAAUUAAUACUAGAGGUCUUAUUAUUAUAGAUAAUUCACCAUCUAAUUAACAUUCUCAUUCUGAUAGAUUGAGUCUUAAUUUAAUAGAGGAUCAAAUUGUUGAACAUUGA